UGCUCAUAGCCCUUGUUCUUGCUAUACAGGUCUAAGGUCUUACAGGAAUUGGUUUUGCAUGUUUAAGUUGUGGUGUUGAUAAAAUGGCAUUAACAACACAAGAACUUAAAAUAGCGAAACAAAGCUACCCCGUGUUAAAAUACUCCAACUUUCUGUCAAAACACCUAACGUUGCCAGUAUAUGCAGCACUUUAUCAGAAGAAAACCAGCAACGGUGUAACGUUAGACACGUGUAUACAAACUGGGGUCGAUACACCAAGACUUCAGUUUGGGUUGGUGGUUGGCGAUGAAGAAUGCUACACCUUGUUUAAAGAUGUCUUAUAUCCAGUCAUCAAAGAAUAUCACGAAAAUUUCGACCCUGCAGUUCAAAUGCACGCUGAUGACGCCGCGCAGUUAAAUAAUGACGUGAUCGUCAAACCAUUCGACGAAAAAUACGUCAUAUCCGUUCGUAUUAGAGCAGGCCGAUCAAUCAGUGGAUUUCCAUUUGCUCCCUGCUGCACUCGUGCGGAAAGGAGAAAAGUGGAAGAGAUCGUAGUGGGGGCGCUGAAGAACAUUGACAGAGAAUUUACAGGUUCGUAUCGCACAAUUGAUUCAAUGAGCCCUGCUGAGAUUGACAAGCUAACGAAAGAGCAUAUUCUGUUUUACAACGUUACGGAAUUCUCUUACAGAAAUGAUGGUAUAGCGAGAGAUUGGCCUGACGCAAGAGGGUUUAUGGUGAACGAAAGAAAUGAUUUUAUUGUUUGGGUGAAUGAAGAGGAUCAUGUUCGGAUCAUAUCUAUGCAGUCGGGUAACGAUCUUCAAUCUUGCUUCGAAAAUUGGAAGAAAGGAGAAAAACAGCUUGAAGAUGCAAUUAAGAACGCUGGUUAUAAAUACGCAUGGAGCAAGAACCUCGGCCAUCUUUGUACAUGUCCAAGCAACAUCGGGACUUCAAUGAGAUGCAGCGUUCAUGUUAGACUUCCUAAUAUGUCGGUACAUCCAAAGUUAGAUGAAAUAAUAAAGAAAUUAGGUGUCGCCAAACGUGGAAACCUUGGUGAACAUCGUUCUUCAACCGAUCAGGAACUGCUUGAUAUCUCCAAUGUAAAGAGACUUGGAAUCUCGGAAGUUGGAAUUGUUCAGCAAGUUUACCAAAGCGUUACGAGGCUUAUUGAUAUGGAACGCCAGCUGGAAGCGGGGAAACUGUUGGACGACGUGUUGAAGUAGCACGGUUAAAGUUGCUUAAGUGUCACACUGCUAUUAUAACUUCCACAAUAUUCAAGAAUUUAAACGCCUUGAGCAAUAGUGCAGACCCACAUAGUGGUUGUUAUACUUGUUACUGUUCCAUCGUAACUGUUGGUAAAUUACAGGAAAAUACCCCCCUAUUUCUGCAUCGUAUUUAAUCAGUUUAUUUAUUGCUUUAGUAUAACCUUAAAAUAAAUAUGUUGGAACACAUU